AUGUCCAACUCAUUGGAGCGGGUUGUGGCCCAGAAGAAGGAGGCCAUCGAGGCAGUGAUGGACAUGUUUCAGCAGGGGGCGGAGGUGUUGGCGAGCGCCGUGGGCGAGCUCUUCCCUCUCUGUGAGGCCGCCGCCCCGGUUCUCCGCCUGGCCUUAGACAACGUCCACAGCAAAGAGGUCUUUUACGUCAAAGAGCAGUUCCUGACGGUGAGGAACAAGCUGGACGUGCUCUCCACGCAGCUGGAGGACAUAGACUGCGAGAUCAAGAAGGGGAGACUGGACUCUCAGUACUUCUCCGUGGAGGAGAACAUCAGGAACCAGUUCAGGAAAUACAUGGACAUCCUGGAGGCGAAACAGCAGUUCAGGGAAGUGAAGACGAGGCUGUUCCUGGAGCACUUUGCUAAAACAGGGGGAGAGAAGAACCUGUUUGUGUUAUAUGAUGCUCUAAUGGGCACUAACAGCUUUGGAGAGUCAGUGUUAGAGUUGGUGGAAAGAUAUGUGGCGAGGAACCGGCGCCUGCUGGAAGAUUUCUGUGUCCGCAUGAAGGAGCUCUUCUGUCUGGGCCUGAUCGCCCUGCUGGGCCACUGCGCCCUGACCCAAGGCCAAGAGGAGGAAGAGGACAAAAUCCAAGAGUGGAGCAACAAAAUUGAAGAAGUGGAGUCCAGGAUGAAGACGACCAUCGAGGCCUGCACCGCUGCCUUCCCGGACCAGGCCAAGUUAGACGCCCAGCGACUCCUGCAGGAGAAGGAAGAAGAAAACCUGCAGGACACCACCCAGCAGAUUCUGGAGCUCUUGGUGAAGAAGUACGAUUGGGUGAGCUGGUCGGUGCGGCUCAUCAACCACUCGGGCAGCACCUACCGCAACUGGCGAGCAGGGGAGCACUUCCACCACGUGGCCGGACAGAACUGGUUCGAGGUGCUGCAGGUGAACAACAUCAACCUGGUGGUGUCGUACAGCGUCAAGCCGCAGCCGGUGCCCCGCGACUGCAUCCGGCAGGCGAUGGAGGGGCAGGGGAGGAAGGGGAACGCCCCGGCGGUGGUGGAGGUGCUGGAGAAGCAGCUGUGCGGGUUUGUUGUUCACGCCGUCAGUCGCCACAAGGAGUCUGCAGCUGCGUGGAGCUUCCCAGAGGAAUGUCACUACUGGGAGAGACACAAGAAUGUGGCCGUGUGUGUGCACUCUGAGUAG